CAAUGUCCAAUGAGCUUUAUGGAGAUGGUGAUUUCAUUUUCCAGCAGGCUUGGAACUUACCCACACUGCUAAAAGUACAAAUACACGGUUUAGUCAUUAUUAUGUAUUUGUGGGAUCAGCAAACUCACUUGACCUAAAUCACAAUGAUAUUCUUUGUGGUAUUGUCAGGAGGAAAUUGAGAGUCUCCCGAAAUGAUAAUGCAGAAAAGCUGAAGGCCACUAUGAAAACUACCUGGACUUCCUUAGCAUCUCAGUGGAGUAAUAGACUGAUCACCUCCACACCUCACUAUAAUGAUGCAGUAAUUAAUGCAAAAGGAGCCCUGACCAAGUAUUGAGAGCUUUUACUUUAUAGUACAGGAAAACAGCAGUAGAAUGCCAUUUCUGUGUUUAAAAACAGUUUUACAAAUCUUCUAUACUAUUUAUUCAGUUUGAGAAUUGAAUUUUGGGCCUUCAUCAACUGUUAGCCAUAAUCUUUAAAAUUAAGAAGAAAAAAAAAAACGAUAGAAAGAUAUAACUCUGUGUAAAAUUUAACUCUAAGUAUUUUUUUAGUUUAACAUUUCGAACUGAAUUGAAAUAAAUUAACUUUUCGAUCCUAAUUCUAUUCUAUUCAAUUCUGAUUUAUUGAGGCCUUUUAUCCAUUGUUUUUAUGAUUACAUGCUGCGCUGUCCAUGGUGCUAAAAAAGACUAGAUUACUGUUUUACCUUCCAACCUCCUGUUUUUUGAUGCAUACUAGCAAAGAUCAGAGACAGGGAUUAUGAAAACCUUAGCGUUUCAAUAUAUUAACACAUUUGAAGGUUUGCAGGAGGAAACAAAAGUGAUCAGAACAUAAAGAUGUAGAAUAUUCACCAAAAUGUUCACAUUCUCGUCCAUAAACGGCUGAUAUAAAAUAUAUCUGUGAAUUCGACCAGCCUCAUGUGUUUGUGUCCACGGGCCACACGGUUGCAACCUGUAAGUUGAGCAAAGGAGCAGGUUGGAGGGAGGAGGAGGAGGAGGGAGGCUGAAAAGGGAGGAGGAGGAUGCAGGGAGGCGCCCUGACUGUGAACAGCCUCAGUCUGGUGACAGAGAGCACAGGAGGUUCUCGUGGCUGUCCGCUCCUCCCGGCUGUUUUCAUGUCCGGGGCCACACUGCUUGCGAGGGGCCUGCAGGGAGGAUGAUGAUGAUGACCAUGAACAGCAAGCAGCACUUCUCCAUGCACCCGGCCUUGCACGAGCCCAAGUUCCCCGGCCUGCACUCGGGCACGGAGGGCAUGCGCAGAGUGUGUGUGCCCGCCCCGCAGCUGCAGGGCAAUAUAUUCGGAGGCUUUGAUGAGAGCCUGCUGGCGCGGGCUGAAGCUCUGGCGGCUGCUGACAGCAUUGUCUCUCAAGGCAAGAGCCACCCGUUCAAACCAGACGUGACUUACCAUACCAUGAGCAGUGUCCCCUGCACCUCAGCAUCCUCUUCUUCCUCCAACACCGUGCCCAUCGCCUCCCACCACCACCACCACCACCUGGGACAGACCCUGGAGGCCGGGGACCUCCUAGAUCACCUUUCCACCAGCCUGGCCGUGACCGGGAUGGGCGCUCCAGAGCCUCCAGGUAUGACUACGCCGGCGCACCACCACCACCACCAGCACCCUCACCACCACCUGCAGACCAUGGGGCAGCUGCACCAGGCGAUGGCCACCAUGGCCCACCCGCACUCCCUGUCGGUGCACGGCGGCAUGGCGUGCGUCAACGACGUGGAGUCGGAUCCCAGGGAGCUGGAAGCCUUCGCCGAGAGGUUCAAGCAGAGGAGGAUCAAGCUGGGAGUGACCCAGGCGGACGUGGGCUCCGCGCUGGCCAACCUCAAGAUCCCCGGAGUGGGCUCUCUGAGUCAGAGCACCAUCUGCAGGUUCGAGUCCCUCACCCUGUCCCACAACAACAUGAUCGCGCUCAAGCCGGUGCUCCAAGCCUGGCUGGAGGAGGCUGAGGCCGCCUACCGGGAGAAGAGCAGCAAGCCGGACCUUUUCAGCGGCAGCGAGAGGAAACGGAAGCGCACGUCCAUCGCCGCGCCGGAGAAGCGCUCGUUGGAGGCGUACUUCGCCAUCCAGCCUCGGCCCUCGUCGGAGAAAAUCGCGGCCAUCGCCGAGAAAUUGGACCUGAAAAAGAACGUGGUUCGAGUGUGGUUCUGCAAUCAGCGGCAGAAACAGAAGCGAAUGAAGUACUCGGCGGUGCACUGAGUUCCCCCCCACCCUCAACAUCAUGAAUAAAAUAGCCUACUACAUUUUUGAUCGAGUGAUUAAUAAUAACCCAAGUAGCCCCAACAAACAGAGAUUUAUCAACACGUCUCUGGGAUCGUUUCCUGAAAGGACUUUUCCCCAUUUUUGUGUCACUCACUUUGCAUUGUUGCACUUUUCCGGACUUUGCUGUUGAGAUGGCAUAUUUAUUUCUUUUAACGGGAUUUUUUGAUGUUAUUGAUCAUGUAUUCUGCACACGCUGAGAAUGGACUUUUAUUCUGAACUAUCACAUUCAUUGUCAUUGGAGCAUAACUGGAGUUUUUUUCCUAACAUAAAUUUAAAAAAACCCCACUAUGAUCUCCACAUAUAUGCAGAAAUACCCACACUAUCAUGUCUUCACCCGUGGAGCCUUUAUAGGAUAAAAUGUUCCUACGUUUCACCUUUUAACCACUAAAGUCUUCGAAUGAAGCCGCUCUCUUUGUAAACUGUGAAUGAUCGUGAUUUACGCACAACAAUGAGUCUUUUUUUCCACCAACUAUAACACUCUAGUCAUUUUGGAUUAUUAAGAAAUGGAAAUGACACAGUCAUUAUAGGUAGCACAACCAAUGUGGCUGCUGCUAUAUUUUAGUACUUUGAUGUGAACUUGUUUUGCAGAACUACAGGUGAGCUGUAUAGAUAUUUAUUAUAUGGCUUUUAUCACCUAAUAUAAGUAUUUAUUUAUUUUCUUCACUCUUGAUUUCACUUGGAAUAAAAAAGUGUGACAUUUAAACCGAAUAAAUUAUUGGUUAU